AUGGCCGGCCCGAUCAAGAAGGUCGUUGUGCUCGGGGCGACAGGCAACGUCGGCAAGCCCAUCGCCACCGCGCUGGCCGAGGCCGGGUACACGGUGACGGCGGCCUCGCGCACGCCCGGGCAGAAGUUCCCCGACGCGACGGGCAUCGUCUCGGCCGUGGUCGACUACAGCUCGCCGGCGGAGCUCACGGCGCUCUUCACCGGCCAGGAUGCCGUGGUCGAAGCCAUCCCCCCCAACGCCCUGCACAUGCAGGCGACCAUCGUCGAAGCCUGCGUCGCCGCGGGCACCGUCCAGCGCAUCAUCACCCCGGAUUUCGCGGGCGACACGUUCAACGAGCACAUCACCGAGCUGCCACUGUAUGUUCCCAAGGUGGAGGCGCAGAAGGUCCUGGAGGAGAAGGUGAAGGGCACCAACGUGACCUGGAGCGCGAUUAUUACGGGAGGGUGGUAUGACUGGGCCAUUCCUCUUGGCUACUACUGGAUCAAUCCGCGCACCAACACCCUCGUGGUCUACGGCAGCGGCGACCAGCGCAACAGCAUGUGCCGGGUGUCCACCGCCGCGAAGGCCGUGUGCGACGUGUUCCAGCAGCCCGAGAAAUACGCCAACCGACCCGUCUACGUCGCCGACCACACCGUGAGCAUGAACCAGCUGAUCCCCAUCCUCGAGGAGGUCAAGCCCGGUUGGCAGAUCCAGAAGGUCGACCUGGACGAGUUCUUCGCCACCGCGAAGAAGAUGUGGGACGAGGACACGGCGAAGGGCGUCGAGGUGCGCUUGCUGACUCCUGCGUAUAACAUGUUGGGAACCUACGGCAUCUUCGAAGAGAACAACCGAUACAACGCCGACUUCGAACACCUGAUCGAGCCCGGGUCGGGGUAUCAGAAAACGCUGGAGGACUUGAAGGAGGAGUUGAAGACGCUCGUUGCCUGA